UUCACAUUGAUAGAGUACUAAUUUUACCAGUUCAAGCUUUUCAAACAAGAAAUAAAGAGGAAAAACUUAGAAAAAAAAAAUAAAAUUCUCUAUUACAAAAAAAAGGGAAAAAAAUAAGUAUUGGACCAUGAAUGAGACCCCAGACUUGUUCUAACAGCCGGCAAAAUGAGCUAAAACGAAAACUUGCCGGCCCAAAAUAAUACACAUUCUUUUGUCCCGUCCUUCAUAAAUACCCCUUCUUUUUUUUUGGUUAAACCUUCCAAAUAAUGCUUCCUCCUUUAAUCAACACCUUCUUCCACUUAACCAAACUUUAAUCAGAAAUCCUUCCAAUCCACACCUCCUCCAUAGAUAUGACUGAUUCCUCCCAAAGCAUGCAGUCAUCUCCGGCUGAAAAUGCAGCCGGAAACGAUCAAGACACGUGGAGUUUCGACUCAAGAACAUCUACUUCCUCCACCACCAGCAACAUGAACAACAACAACAACAUGGUUAACAACUAUCAAGCCAAGGACAGUAAUGUACCAUCCUUCAACAAACCUCAUUCGACAGCGAAUAGCAGUCCCGGGUGGGAUGCAAUACGCAGCGUACUGUCAUAUAGUGCCACGAAUAUGAUCACUCUACAAGACUUGAGCUUCAUCCAAAAACUUGGGAGCGGCGACAUUGGGACGGUGUAUCUUGUGGAACUUAAAGGGGCUAAAGGGAUCACGUUUGCAGCUAAAGUGAUGGACAAAGAAGAGCUAGCAAUCAGGAGUAAAGAAGCCAGGGCAAGACUUGAAAGAGAAAUCUUGGAAGUUUUGGAUCAUCCAUUUUUGCCUACUCUUUACACUACCUUGGAAUCUGAUAGGUGGUCCUGUUUGUUAACUGAGUUUUGUCCCGGUGGUGAUCUGCACAUUCUACGGCAAAGGCAGCCGUACAGGAGAUUCGAUGAGGCUGCCGUCCGGUUUUAUACAUCUGAGGUGGUGGCUGCACUAGAGUACCUACACAUGAAAGGGAUCAUCUACCGUGAUCUGAAGCCUGAAAACAUUCUAGUACGAUCAGACGGUCACAUUAUGCUGACGGAUUUUGAUCUCUCCCUAAGGUGUGACGAGUCUAAACCGAAGGCUCAGCUUCUUUCUAACGAUUCCUUAUCAUCAUUAACUACACAUCAAGCAUCAAGCUACAGCCCUGAUGUGGCUUGCCCGGUAUCUAAGUCACAUUGCAUGUUACCAAGUUGCAUGGUGCCAGAUGUCUCAUGUUUCCGUACUACUAAGCAGAGGAUGAGGAGGCCGGGUCAUCAUGAAUGGAGGACCCUUGAAAUAGUGGCGGAGCCAAUAGAAGCUCGAUCGCUCUCCUUUGUUGGGACCCACGAGUACUUAGCCCCGGAGGUGGUCUCCGGAGAGGGUCAUGGUAGUGCAGUGGAUUGGUGGACCUUAGGGAUAUUUAUGUAUGAGCUGUUCUAUGGUUUGACACCAUUUAGAGGACUUGAUAAUGAGUUCACACUAUCUAAUAUCGUGGCUAGAGGCCUUGAAUUUCCUAAGGAGCCAGCUGUGUCGAACUCUGCUAAAGAUUUGAUCACCAAACUUUUGAUCAAGAAUCCUGCAAAAAGAUUGGGUUCAACAAUUGGGGCUACAGCAAUCAAGAACCAUUCUUUCUUUGAUGGGGUGAACUGGGCACUAUUAAGAUGCACAUUGCCACCUCACAUUCCCCAGCCUACCAGAGACUUGGGCUCUUCUCAACAUCAUUAUGAUGCUUCUGUAGAGUACUAUUAGAACAUCUAAUGCCAUAAUGUAAACACUACGUUUAUAAAUACUCCACUUGUAAACAUGCAGACUUUGUAUGUAAGAAAAAGCACACACCAAAGUUGAAGGC